AUGGCUCGACUCCCAGCUUCAACGAACGAUAGCGCGAUAGAUGAUAAUCUCGUCUUCAUCUCCUCCGAUCUCGAGGCAGAAGAACGUGGCCGCCUCAAACGCCGCCGCAAGUCUUCGCACUCUCCCCGCCGCGCCUCUUCUCCCUCACGAGGCCACGACCGCACAAGCGGCUCUCGAUACCGGCUUCACCACCGGAAACAUCAUCGUCCUUCUUCACCUUCUUCUAGUGUUUCUCCUCCGACUAUCGCGCAGAAGAAGCAUAGACGAAGGAGUGACGCUGAGCUUGAUCAUACGUUUAGGGGAAGGGUGAGGAAUAGAGGUGCGACGUUGGAGGAGGGUGUGGACGAGGAUGAGGCAGAAGGACGGGAGGAUAUCAGGGAAAGGAAGCGAAGCGCGCCGCCUAGUCGGAAUAGAGAGGAAGGGGUAGAUGGAGAGGGUAUGAGGAGGCAGAGGAGCUACCCGAACUUGUACAAGGAGGAGAGGAGGGACUCGAAGAUUACUGACGAGGAGAGUCUGGCUCCUACAGAUAGUGUGAUAGUAGAUGGUGUUGUGCCUGUUGUGCAGGGUGCAUAG